CAGUGGAGUGCUUUCACUCAUUAGUGCAACACCGACUCUCCCGUCUUUUACUGGCUUUUAUUUUCAAGCCGAAACAUUAGCAACUAGUAUUCGUUUCUGCUUAAACAAAUGUAAAGUUGAAGAAUUCUGGUCCAUGAUGGAGAAAAGAUGCAGCAGGAGGCUGACGGUGCUGUGUGUGUGUGUGGCCGCUCUCAGCUCCGUCUCUGCCUCCCCAGAGGUCUGCACCAAUUCCCUGCUGCCUGGAGCUAAAGGAGACAACGGUGAGGUUGGAGAGGAGGGAGAUCAGGGGAUACUUGGGAAAAAUGGACGACCAGGACUUCAAGGAAUACCAGGAGAGAAGGGACUAAAAGGAGACAUGGGCCACGUUGGAAAAAUGGGACCCACAGGACAGAAAGGUGACAGAGGUGAAGUGGGUUUAACUGGAUCAUCGGGUCUGAAAGGGAAACAAGGCACAACAUGUGACUGUGGGAGGUACAAGAAAGUUGUUGAUCUGAUGGACGUCAACACAAGAAAGCUCACGAAGGCUGUAAAGUUUUUGAAAAAUGUUAUCCUGGGGCUGAAGGAAACUGAAGAGAGGUAUUAUCUGCUGGUGAAGGAAGCUAAGAGGUUCAGAGAGGCUUCAAUCAACUGUAAACUCAGAGGAGGAAGCCUGGCCAUGCCAAAAAGCACCAACAUUAACCGUCUCAUGGCAGACUAUGUCAGUCGGGCAGGACUGACACAGGUUUACAUUGGAGUGCAGGCUCAAAGCAAGGACGCUAAUGGAACCAUCAACUACACCUAUGCAGACUCCAGCCCAUUACACAGCUUUGCAGCGUGGAGUAAAGAUGCAGAGUUGACUGCCAACCAAUCCGCAGCAUCAAACUCCAGCUGUGUGGAGCUGCUCAGUACUGGAACAUGGGCCCGCGUGGAGUGUGAAGUCACUAUGUUUUUUAUGUGCGAGUUCCCAAAGAGCAGGAGGAGAGGAGGAAGAACGGGAAGAGGAUGAAGUGGAACCAUGCUUCAACAUUUUUGCAAGAUGCCAUCAAUUUAUAUUAAAUGUAAAACUCUUUAUAAAAUGAGUUGAGUUUGAGCCUAAAAUAACCUUUAUUUUAGUCAAAAGGCGUUAGUUAGUAAAAAAAUAGCAAUAAAAGGUACACAUUAGUCAAAAAAUAAAUCAAGUUUUGAAAAAAAUAGUGUAAAAGUAACCCAUAUAUUUAGCAAAUACCGGUUGACAUGGAAAGAAAUAACAAAUGGGCAAAAUUGUUAUAAAAUUAAAUAAAAAAACAAGCUUUAGAAUUAAAAAUGGUUAAUAAAUGAUCAAUAACUAAACUCAGCUCAAAUAGUUUAGAAGUUCAGACUCUGUCUCAGUGAAAUUAUCACAUACACAGACAUUUGAUUCUUAAGCUCAUUCAACAGUUAAUCUUCUCUUGACCAUAUCUGUACAUGUACUGUAUGUAACAGAGGCUAACGAUUGACUUCACACAGUUAAUACCAUAUUGUAACUGAAUGAUGGAAUGUGGGAAGUUAUCUUUCAUUUGUCUUGAAUAAUUAUACAGGUAUUAUCAAUAUGACCUGUGGGACCACUGCUGUGGAAGUCAGAGCAUCAGCACUGAAACACAAAAAUGUGAUCCAUACAUGUGCAGGUCACUGACACAGAGGCCUAACGUCGCGUUUGUCCUUUACAAGUGAUAUUGACUCAAAACUGUGAGCUAUGCUGAGCCCAGCUGAGUGCAGUGUCCUUUCAAAGGUUAUGUCAACAUUGGUUCACAUAAAAAGAAAAUCUUGGCUAAACAUUAACCGUGUCAGGCAGCGCCCAUACCAAACUGUGAGACUCCAAUGCAAUUUUAUUUUCCUUUCAUAAAAAAAAAUAUAAUAAAAGAAAGACUGUAUAUUUACAUCCAACACAAUAAUUAAAUGUUGUAGUUCAAACACAAACACUGUUGCUGAGUCUCCUUGAAAAUCAGUUUCUCUGUUAACCCUACACUCAGACUAAUAUUUACUUUAUAACUUUACUCCUGCACCAUGAAGGUUAACCAUUAAACAUGCACUCAAAGUAUUGUUUCUAGGACUUCAGGAAUUUGUUAAUGAAUCGUGACUAUAAAGUUAACUGCAACUA